AUGCAGAAACACAAGUACAGUGAUUUGGUGGAUCCGUAUCAACAGCAUCAAUCACAAUGCCUCUACGAAACUUGGUCAACUGACAACCGGCCCUCCACAUAUCAUGGCCGACAUCCACGGGGGGAUAUGUUUCAUGCACACAGCUACCAUAACUACCGUCAACGCUACAAUAUGGAAAUUCCGGCUAGCACUCUCGAAACUACCCAUCCACAGUACUAUCCCCGUCGCAGCCGAUCUGGACGUCACCUUCGGGCUACGCGUUCCAUGUCUGAUGAGAACGACUGUUUUGAGGGUAGAGAGAACCUGACUCGUAUACCCAAUUCCACCGAAAGUACGGAGUCAGAACGGCAGCAAAACUCUUUACAUCAACCACUUUUCGCCUCCACAAAAUCAACUCUCGACCUAAGGACUGAAGAGUCCCAUCGAAGGGGUCGCCAUGUCUGCCGAUGGCAUCGAUCCUCCCCUUCACGUCAGUAUACCAACUCAAGGGUUUCUCUCAUGCGUAGAAGCAAGUCUCUCGGACGAUCGCACAACCUCACACUCAUCUCCUCCUCUUCCAACGAUGAGGGUAUUUCGAAGGCUUAUUUCCAGCGUCUUCAAGAACGGGAACAGUCGAAGGAUCAGUUCUCUGGCGUGGGAGAUGUGAUGAAUCAGGGGUUUUCGCGAAGGUGGCGCCAAUUUAAGGUUCCCCUCAGUUCCAUGGACUGCAGUCCCGACUGGAAGCAAAGGGAACAACACAGGAGUGACAAGUUAAGGGUAUACUAA